GCGGUACAGCAACAAUAAUAUUUGGAGAGUUACAAGUGGCUGCGGUUUGCAGCUCAAACCGAGACGCAUGACCAAUGAGCUCUCUCUCUCUUGCGCACGAACCCAGAUUUCUUUUGACAGACAUCAUCGGUGUUAUACUGUAUGUGCGAAUUUAAAGAUCAGCCGUGCAGACAAGUUGGUGGCCAGAGUGGAAACGGUGCAAGAUGGAAGAGAAGCUGGAAGUCAGUGCAGACGCAAGCUGCGCUCCGUGCCAUUACGCAUAACUUUUGCUGCACCGAAGCUGAAAUAGAGUGGACUUUCUUGAGCAAGAUGGCUAUACUCAUCAGUUCAUUGAUUGUAUUAACAAAGUUCCUGCUUUAUUUGAACCCAGCAUAUUGCAUGGAGGUAGAUGUUUGCAUCCCUGUGCGUGUGGAUCAUCAAAGGCACGAGAAGCAUCUGCACCGGCGCGCGGAGGAGAUUGAGGAAAGACAGAUCGUUUUCAGACUAAGUGCAUUCAAACAGGAAUUUUACCUCCAACUCACGCCGGACUCUAGUUUCCUUGCACCGGGCAGCUUGCCACUUGAGAGCAGCUCCUCAGCAUCCAACGAAACCUCUGACCUAAGGGAAUGCUUCUACUCCGGGAAUGUCAACGCGGAACCGGACUCAUUUGCCGCGCUCAGCCUGUGUAAAGGUCUCCGUGGAGGGUUUUCUUAUAACGGUAUGGAGUAUUUCAUCAGCGUGACUGGCAGUGAGGACGCUGCGUCAGGAUUUGGAAACUCUUUCGACAGAACGCACAUCAUCCAACGCCGGAGACGCGCUGGGCACUCGGGUACUAAUUUCACCAGCAGGUGUGGAGUUACACCUGAUUCCAACUUUAACAUUUCCCUGGAGAAAUACAAGCACUUGGGCCAACUGGAGUUUGAUGGCUUAACCGAAACUGUGUUGAAAACCCUGGGGAGGUCCAAGAGAUUUGCCUCCAUCCCAAGGUUUGUGGAGGUGCUGGUGGUGGCGGACGAAUCUAUGGCAACAUUUCACGGGGAUGACCUAAAGCAUUACCUCCUGACCCUGAUGUCAGUGGCAGCCAGGCUUUACAAGCACCCCAGCAUCCUCAACUCCAUAAACAUAGUGGUGGUGGGAUUCAUGGUGAUAAGUGACGCUGACAAGGGACCAAAGGUUUCCAGUAAUGCAGCCCUGACUCUGCGCAACUUUUGUUCCUGGCAGAAGAAAUUGAAUAAACACAAUGACAAGCAGCCAGAGUACUGGGACACUGCCAUACUGUUCACCAAACAGGAUCUCUGCGGGGCCACAACCUGUGAUACAUUGGGGAUGGCUGAUGUUGGGACCAUGUGUGACCCGAAGAGAAGCUGCUCUGUCAUCGAAGAUGAUGGCUUGCCCUCCGCCUUCACAACCGCCCAUGAACUUGGCCACGUCUUCAACAUGCCCCACGACAAUGUGAAGGCAUGUGAGGAGGUAUUUGGGAAACUAAAGGACAACCACAUGAUGUCUCCCACACUGAUUCAGAUCGACAGGAGCAGGCCCUGGUCUGUGUGCAGCGCAGCCAUUAUUACUGAGUUCCUGGACAGAGGUCAUGGAGACUGUCUGCUGGACCAGCCUCAGAGGCAGCUGUCCCUUACCGACAACCUGCCUGGGUCCAGCUACAGCCUGCAUCGUCAAUGUGAGCUUGCCUUCGGCUCCGGCUCCAAGCCCUGCCCAUACAUGCAACCCUGCUCCAAGCUGUGGUGCACCGGAAGGGCCCGCGGCCAGCUGGUCUGCCAAACCCGACACUUCCCCUGGGCGGACGGCACCAGCUGUGGUAACGGUAAAAUAUGCUUCAGAGGAACCUGCACUGAUAAGAACACCACCAUGCACAUCAAGGUGGAUGGUCGGUGGGGGAAGUGGGGACUAUUUGGGGACUGUUCUCGAAGUUGUGGUGGAGGAGUUCAGCUGGCCAAGAGAGCGUGUGACAACCCCAUUCCUGAGAAUGGAGGCAAAUACUGCUAUGGCCUUCGCAUCAAAUAUCGCUCAUGUAACCUCAACCCUUGCCCUGAAACAGGUAAGAGUUUCCGUGAGGAGCAGUGUGAGGCAUUCAAUGGAAUAAACCUGAACACCAACAGACUGGGUCCGUCUGCGGUUUGGGUUCCUAAAUAUUCAGGCAUCUCUCCUAAGGACAAAUGCAAACUUAUCUGCCGUGCCAACGGUACUGGGUACUUCUAUGUCCUUGCUCCAAAGGUUGUGGAUGGGACCCCCUGCUCUCCUGACACCUCAGCUGUAUGUGUUCAAGGAAAAUGCAUCAAGGCAGGCUGCGAUAGCAAGCUGGACUCCAACAGGAAGUUUGACAAGUGCGGGGUGUGUGGCGGCGACAACCAGGGCUGCAAGAAGGUCUCAGGAAUGUUCACCAAACCUAUACAUGGCUACAACUUUGUGCUGAUGUUGCCCAUUGGAGCUUCAAACAUUGACAUCCGUCAGCGUGGCUACAGAGGAAUGGUCAGCGAUGAAAACUACUUAGCGGUGAAGAAUCGGCACGGCAAGUACCUGCUGAACGGCAACUACGUGGUCUCAGCCGUUGAGCGAGACUUGCUGGUGAAGGGCAGCUUACUGCGCUACAGCGGCACCUCCACCUCUGUAGAGAUCCUUCAGGCCACCAGACCCCUGCAGGAGCCUCUGACUGUGGAGGUGCUCUCUGUAGGGAAGAUGACUCCUCCCAGGGUGCGCUACUCAUUCUACAUCUCCAAGGAAAGCAAGGAGGAGAAGACUCUGUGGAAAGAGGACAAAAGCCACAAAGCGCAUAAUAGUGUCUUGGCAGACAGUAAUCGGGUAGAGGCUAAGAAGCUGAUGAUGGGAAAGAGGCCCGUCAGUCAUUGGGUAACAGGAAGUUGGGAUUCGUGCACAGUGACUUGUGGGAAUGGGCUGCAGAAAAGGCUUGUGGAGUGUCAGAGCAUAGAGGGGCGUCCAGCAGUGGACUGUGACAGUGCUGACAGACCUGUAGCAUUGAGAUCAUGUGGGGAUCCAUGUCCUAUGUGGGAUGUAGGGGUCUGGUCUCACUGCUCCAAAUCAUGUGGAAGGGGCUUUAAAAGGCGGCCGGUGCGCUGUAUGACUGAGAAUGGUUUGAAUCUGCCAAGGGACCACUGCUCUGGAAGGAGGAAGCCUCAGGAACUGGACCUCUGCAAUCUGAAGCCAUGUUAAAGCAGAACAGGCACAGCCCAAGGACCUAUUUGCUUCAGUAAAAGUGACAAUUUUACAUGAACCUGAGACCAAAUCAGCAAUUUAAUAACCCUAUUACUGGGUUGGGUGGAAGUACUCUCAGAUGCAGCCUGACAGUGUUUCAAGUGGUGUCUGUUAGAGCAAAGAAACACAAUGGAGAAAGAGAUGAUCUCCAUUCAUUGUUUGAAAAGACAAACAUCUGCCUAGAGAACAGAAAAGAAGGGAAGUCUUCUUUUGAACCGUCAAACCAUCCGCAUCAGGUUUGACCUGUGGUUAGUCUACCUCGACUAGGAACAAUGACACAAUGCCUGAGCAUAUACUGACAGAAACAAAUGAGAAAGAUGCAGAGACAGUGAUCACACAUAUCUGCCCAUAAACAUACUUUCUUGGUAAAGCUACCUGCAUGGGAUGAAAUUGAAAAAAGGGCAAAAAAAAGUCCAGGACAAACAGAUAAAGUGAGAUAUAACCUCAGCACUCACACUUUGCAUUUAUCAAAAGCAGAUAUCUCACCUGGGAGUUUUCUAAUUUCACUGAAAAACUAAUGAAAAUGUGAAACACGGUACUGUAUGAUUCACGCAACAUUCAAGAACUGUAUUCCAUGCAGUUAUUUCUUAAUUCUGUACUAUUGACUGUCCGAUGUGAAUAAUCAGUCAGUAGCCAAUCACUGCCUGUUUGAGUCAGACCAUAGCUUUAAAAACCUUACAAAAUGAAAACAGUCAACAAUAUACACCACGUACUUGAUACAAUCUUUAUAGUUUUAAUCAAUAUCAAAGCAUUCCUGGACUGUACUUGUUACCAAAUGUGUCAAGAUGUUAGCUAUUCUUAUUAUUGAAUGCACGCUGUUAGAGUGGUGCAAUGUGUCUGUGACAAUUUGUGCAAAACCAAACCAACUAGAGCACAGCUGUUUUGAUUCUGUUUGGCCAAAGAGUUGUAACAUAACAAUCAAAUAAGGCAGCAUAUUAAACAGCAUGUAAACUUACCUGUAAAUGAUACUGUUAAUGGACCAGACCAAUGCUAGUGUGCUCUUUAUUCUUCAAUAGCAUUGAAAACCCACUGUCUGCCCAUUACAUAAAGGAUAGAGUGCAAUAUUAUUUAACAUUUGAUAUGUUAUAGACCAAACCAUGGUGGUUUGCAUUUUGCCCCUUCUAAAAAAUAGGUUGUUGUCAGUUUGGAGAUAGUAAAGAUCAAUAUAGAUUAUUAAAACUUCUGUAGAAUUUAUCACUUCUCUACUGAAUAUCUAUAUAUUCAGAAGAUUCCUUACAAUAAUAAUAAUACUAAUAUAGAAUGAGGGUUAAUUCGUAAAUUACAUUUUGACUAAAAACGUAAGGUUACCCUCCUCAAAGCUCUACAUGUAUGUUCUUUUUUCAUUUUAGAAGACCUUAUAUUUUGCAAAAAGUUCAAUAUAUGUUGUGAUGAAUACGUGUUGGCUUUUGUUAUUUCUUCGACCUCUAUAGGCUUUAGCCCUUCGGGUACAUACAGUAGCUGCUUUAUCACCUUCAGCCCUUAAUGAACAGACAUAUUGCAUCAUGCCAGAAUAUCAAUAUAAAGCCCUUUUUUCAGAAAAAGGUUGAUAAUACAUAUCUAUGGUCAAAUUAAAUGGACCACCCACCCUUAUAUUCAAUCAAACACCCAUUGGUGUCAUUUCAUUUUGUUUUUUUAUCAAAGGAUUACAUUUGAAAACUAAUAUACACAGCAAAAUAAAUGUGGGGUUACACGCGAAAAAUGUAAGUAAAGUUGGGUUUCACACCCUAAGACUUAAAGUGCAAGGGCAUCUGUCUGGACUUUUACAUGUUUACAAAGUUUAAUAAUGAAACUAAAUUGUAUCAUCUGUAAGAAUGGAAAAUUCAGCACUUCCUGUUUCAAAAUCCUUAAAAUAUAACAUCCCAGAAAAAUAGAUAACUAUUUGUUUUUUAAGAUGGUACUUUAAACUGACGUCCUUCAACAGAAAUGCAAUUGAAUUCCUAAUUUCCAGUGUUAUUUGGUUUAAAGUGGACCUAUCAUGCUAUAUAUGAAUACUAUAUUGUAGGGCCAUACCUAUAUAAGGUAUAUUUAUAU